AUGGCUGGGUCACUUAGUCGCAAUCUUCGAUAUGAUGGGAAAGUGACCAUUGUCACUGGUGGCUCAAAAGGCAUAGGUGAAGGCGUAGUCAGAGUGUUCGUUCAAAAUGGUGCCAAGGUAGUGUUUUGUGCCAGAGUUGAAUCUGGUAAACAAUUAGAGACUGAGGUAAAUUCUGAAAGUCAUGAAGGAGAGUGUUAUUUUGUACCUUGCGAUGUAAAUGAAGAAGAUGAAAUAAAGAAUGUUAUUAACAAGACAGUAGAGCGAUAUGGACAACUGGACUGUCUAGUGAACAAUGCAGGAUGGCAUCCACCUGAAGAAAGAAUAGAUGAUGUAUCUGCUGAGAGUUUUAAAAAAUUAUUGAAUUUAAACCUUAUAAAUUAUUUCUUAUUUGCAAAGUAUGCUCUUCCUCAUCUCAGAAAAACAAAGGGUAAUAUUAUAAAUAUGUCAAGUCUUGUUGCUAAGAUUGGACAGCUACAUGCUGUGACAUAUGUCACUACAAAGGGUGCAAUAGAUGCUUUUACAAGAGCUUUAGCUGUAGAUGAAGCGCAACAUGGUGUUCGGGUAAACAGUGUGUCUCCAGGCAAUGUAUGGACACCAUUAUGGGAUGAACUUUCCAUCGCAUCUGGCAAUAGAGAAGCCAUGAUUAAAGGUGGGGAAGAGUCGCAGUUGCUUGGCCGUAUGGGGACAAUAGAAGAGGCUGGCCAGAUGUGUUUAUUUCUUGCUGCAGAAGCAACAUUUUGUACGGGAAAUGACCUUCUUCUGUCCGGAGGUGCCGAACUUAACUAUGCUUGUAAAAGUCAGCUCAAACAAAGAACCAACAUUUACGAAUAAAAUCAACAAUGUACA